AUGUCUAGUCUACAAAUCUUACUGGAGAAAAGUUUAGAGAAAAUCAAGACAGUGUUCCAUUCAGUGGGAUGUCAUGUCGGGUUUCUUUUACAUUACAAGCAGAACCUGAAGAACCUGGAAGACGAGGCGAAUAACCUUCAAGAGCAGAGAAGCAACGUCGAAGGAAAAGUUACUGAAGCCAACCGCCGCGGUGAGGCCAUUGACAAUAAUGUUUCGGUCUGGCUAAAGGAUGCUGACGAGACCAGACAAGGAGUUGACAAGUUUAGGGAUGAGAAAGCUGUCAAGGAAAACAUGUUAAUAUUUAAUUUCUCAUGUCCCAAUUUCGUCUCGCGUUACCGCCUUAGCAAGGAAGCUAAGAAGAAGGUGGUCCACAUCAAACAUCUCACCGAGGAAGGCGGCAAAAUUGGCAUAGUUUCACACUCUAGGGAUUAUGAGGCUUUCCAUUCAAGAGAGAAAGUUUUCAAAGGUAUCGUGGAGGCAUUAAAAGACCCCAAGGUGAACAAGAUUGGGAUCUAUGGAGCCGGAGGUGUUGGUAAGACGACUAUGGUUACAAAGGUCGGCGAACUAGUUUUGAGAGAUGGAACUUUUGACGAAGUCGUAAUGGCAGUUGUCUCUCAGGAUGCCAAUGUGAUAAAAAUUCAAGGGCAACUCGCCGACUGUUUGAAUCUAAAACUCAGUGGAGAAACUGAAGUGGGAAGAGCGACUCAACUAUGGAAUAGAUUGAGCAAUGGGAAGAAAAAUCUCAUAAUAUUGGAUGAUGUUUGGCAAGAGCUGAACUUAAAGGAAAUAGGUAUUCCUAGCACAAAUGGAAACAAAAGUUGCAAAGUUGUGCUAACGUCUCGAAACCGAGAUGUGUGGAAGAACAUGGAUGUUAAAGACUUUAAAAUCGAAAAUUUAUCUGAAGAAGAAUCAUGGGCUCUUUUUAAGAAGAAGGUUGGAAAUUACGUUGAUGCUCCUGAACCUCGUGAAAUAGCAUGGACAAUUUGUAAAGAGUGUCAAGGGUUGCCGGUUGCUAUUAUUGCACUUGGAUCAACACUAAAGGGUAAGGUUAUGGAUGCCUGGCAAGAUGAACUUGACAAGCUAAAAAAUUCCAAAAUUGAAGGAAUCAUUCCAAAAGUGUUCGCAUCCUCAAAGGGGAGCUAUGAUCGGUUAGAUUCCAAGGAUGCCAAGUCAUGCAUUAAUUGCAAUCUCGUCAAAAAGUCAAACUACAUAAAUGCUGCAUUUCGUUCGUCUCAUAGAAAUCAAGCCUACCUAUUCAUGAAGAACGAGUAUUUACGGUUGGACUAUGCUCCAUACUCAACCAACGACAAGGUGUUGAAUGGACCGCUACGUAUCUCCGAAGGGUUUCCAUCCCUCAAGAACACAGCCUUUGCAGAUCCCGGAAUAGACUGCGCUUUUGGGUCUCAUCAUGGAGAUGAAGCAUUCAUCUUCUCUGGAAAUCUUUGUGCACGGAUUAACUACGCACCAGGGACCACAAAUGACAAGAUCAUCCAAGGCCCGAUGACCAUCAUUCAGAUGUUCCCUUUCUUUAAAGGAACGGUGUUUGAAAGCGGCAUAGACUCUGCGUUUGAAUCGACAGUACUUGAUGAAGCUUACCUUUUCAAAGGCAACCAGUAUGCUCUUAUAAACUACAAUGACCCUCAUCUCAUCGCCAUUCGUCACAUCACUGAAGGCUUUGUUAGUUUGAAAGACACCAUAUUUGAAAGCGGAAUUGAGGCAGCGUUUGCUUCGCACUAUACUAAUGAGGCAUACUUAUUCAAAGGAGAUUCCUAUGUGCGCAUCAACUUUGCUCCCCAUACCACAAACGACUUCAUUGAUAGCGGUGUAAGAUGUUCUCUUUCGAGUUUAUGGCUGCGAGAGAUGGAAUUUCAAGAAGGAUACAUUGUUAAAGUUGGCACCCCGGUGGUGUACCAUUGUUAUGUAGAUGAAAGUGAUUUGGCUAAUGUUCAACAAUUAUGCCGUUUCGUUCAAGUAAAGACUAAUGGAUUUAGACUAUUUAUGAUUAUGGUUGUCCAUAGUUGCAUGAGUGGCCCUGGGGUGAGAAAAUUAUUGCGUACUCCUAAGUCACCUUUACGUGGCGAUCCACAUUUUCACACUCGCGUAUUUGGUCUGUAUUCCAAAAAUACUCCUGUACGAACCCUACCAUACUAUACCGCGGCGGGCGUUGCCCCCUGCACUCCCCAAUUAUGGAACUUCUGGGCCUUUGGUCAGUCUACUUUCACUGGAUCAUUGGCAAUGGGUCAGAUGCCGUCGCUCCGCUACGCUCCGCUACGCUCCACUCAUUCCGCUCCAGCAUCUGGCUUUCUUUCUAGAACUCUUUAG